GUUUAAUGUCAACGUUCAUCGUGAGCUUGCUUUGUCGUGAAUUCUCCAAUUGACAGCAACCAGUCAUCAUGAACACUCUUCGCGUCGCUCGCGCAGCCCUUAGGGCUCGUCCCACAGCUAUGCGUCUCCCCAUUCAGCCCCUUCAGCGAAGGACCUAUGCUGAAGCCGCAUCGGACAAGAUCAAGCUGAGCUUGUCUCUCCCCCACCAGUCUAUAUACAAAUCCCAAGACGUCGUCCAAGUCAACAUUCCGGCCGAAUCAGGAGAGAUGGGUGUUCUCGCCCAGCACGUUCCAGCGAUCGAACAAUUGAAGCCAGGUCUGGUCGAGGUCAUUGAGGAGACCGGCAGCAGCAAGCAGUUCUUCCUUUCCGGUGGCUUUGCUGUUGUUCAGCCGAACUCAGUCUUGAGCAUCAAUGCGGUUGAGGGUUACCCCCUGGAGGACUUCAGCGCGGAUGCUGUCCGAGCCCAGAUCGCUGAGGCGCAAAAGGUUGCGAACGGCGGCGGCAGUGAGCAAGACAUUGCAGAGGCUAAGAUUGAGUUAGAGGUUCUAGAGAGCUUGCAAUUAGUCCUAAAAUAGAUGAUGCCUUAGAGGAAGGGAGGGAACUUCAAUGGCAACUUGUACAUCACAACCCUAGUCCUUACUGCGAAACCGCCUGAUAGCACGAAUUGAACAUGCUUAGGAUCUUGCUACCUAUUACUU